UUUUGUUUGCAACCAUGAAUUGGAAUUCUAUUCUGAUAAACCGAAGCGUCGAUGUUCUCUCAAUUAAGCUUUGCUCUAUUUAUACGGAGUACGGACUAGCUAAGCAAGUACGGAGUCGAGUUGGGGUUUUCAGGUGAGACAAAUCGCCCAGCUGCAGAUCGGUUUGUCACUUGCAGAAGUAGCGACUUUUGUUAACGAGUUAGCGAGCAAUUCGGUAGCGAGUCGACUAGUUUCGAACCACCGUUACGAGGGUUGCCUGGGGAGAGGAGAUGCGAGAAAGAAUGGUCCUUUUUUUGCACGACUUGCGCUUCCGUGCGGCUCCGGGAGGUGCUCGGUGGUGUUUACGCAAUAGUCCGAAUUUCCCCCUCCCCCUUUUUAUUUGAUUUCCUUUUGCCUGGCUUGGGGUUCGAAGUGUGUGUGAAAGGAGACGUUCAUGUUCUGGAGCACGGAGGAGGGAUGAAGAACUCUUUUUGUUUCAUCACGAGUUCCAGAACCUCUCGUCUCCUGCUAAGACGGAAGAAGCGGGGAGUGGAUUUGCGUCCUCAAGCUCUGCCCGCUCGGAACGUCGUCUCGUCCAUGGUUAGCUUUUUCGACGAUGGCUUCGAAAUGUCUCUCUCCCGCGUCACUCUGCGAGCUGUGGUGGGAGGCUGACCGCUUUAACGACAAGGAUGGCCGGAAAGGGGCAUCUUUAUGUAUGUACGGAGUACUCCGUAUGGAUGGAUGUAUUCCGUCCUGAGAACAGUCCACAGAGCUGAGAUGACAGCGGGAUACGGAGGAAAUGGCGUCCAUCCCAGAUGUCGCUGACUGCAACGGCGAGCCCACCCGCCGACGUCGGAUUGAGCCUCUCGCUGCGAGCGCUCCAGACACGGUAUGUCAGAGGAUCGUCACCCGUUUUUUUCAUCGGGAGACGGGGUUUAACUCCUUUGAUCGACGGCUAUGUGUGUUAUUUCGUGCGGCAUGCAGCCUUGUCGUCUCGUGCGGUCUGACAGCAAAACCCGCUGCGCUAUCUUCCCUCUUCCCCCCAAAAAUCGUCAGACAGACGCAGUCGGCUGGGUCGUGUGUGCCAUCGAAAGCCCACCGUGAACGUCGUGGCGCAGCACAGCAGCUUCUAGCCCCAGUACUCCGGCCCAAAGCAGCAAGUCUCGCUGCCGAUCGCAAUUCGCACUGUCGAAAACAGCUUAGCGGCGAACCUUGGUUGCUUACUCAAGUUUGUAAGUUACACCUCCGCUUUCUCGCGUGUAUCAUUUUACUCGCAUGUCGUCAUGUCC